UAUAGAUCAUCCAGAGGCUCAGAAGAGGAGGAAAAUCAGCUGGGAGUUCGUUCUUACAAGACAAAGCAUACAGGCAAGUAGAGUUUCUAGUCUCGGGAAAUUUGUUACAAUACUGGCAAAGAGUGUGACACACGAAAGCAGCUCUCCAUGAUCAAGAGAUAGAAGACGAAGAAGCAGGAGGAGGAGAGUCCUAAUCCAAUCCAUGGCUGCUGACUGCACUGCAAUCAUCCCAUUCGAUGAGGCAGGCGAAGGCAGCGAGCGGCCGCGGGAGUACCGCAAAGGCAACUGGACGUUUCACGAGACGAUGAUCCUCAUCACGGCCAAGAAGCUGGACGACGAGCGGCGGGCCAAAGGUGGUGACAAGCGCGGCAAGUGCGCCGAGUACAGAUGGAAAUGGGUGGAGAACUACUGCUGGAAGAACGGGUGCCAGAGGAGCCAGAACCAGUGCAACGACAAAUGGGACAACUUGCUGCGCGACUACAAGAAGGUGCGGGACUACGAGACCAAGAUCCAGCCGGGGCAGCAAUCCUACUGGCAGCUGGAGAAGCACGAGAGAAAGGAACGGGGCUUACCUUCAAGCCUCAUGAUCCAAAUCUAUGAUGCGCUCCACGACAUUGUUGACAAGCGACUUCCAUCGUCCUCGUCGCGCUUGAUGGCCGCGUCCGAUAAAGCGCACACCACGUCUUAUCUCCCACUGCCACCGCAGUCAACAGCGUCGAGGAGCUCCGGAAGCAGCGAGCAGCUCGGGGAUCCAAAGUCCCCGGCGAAGAAGCGGAAGUCGUCGUCAAGAGAUCACCACCAGCAGGAUGUGGAGGGCCUGGCGCCGGCGGUGGCGAGGAGCGCCUCGGAUCUGUCUCACACUCUUAUGCAGUGCGAGGAGAAGAAAGAUCGGCGGCACAAGGACCUGCUGAGCGUCGAGGAGAGAAAGCUGAUGCUGGAGGAGACCAAGACGGAGAUCAGCCGGCAAGGGAUCGAGGGGCUCGUCGGUGCCGUCAACAAUCUGGCCAAUGCGAUCCUCACUCUGGCCUCGGAGAGAGGGGGCUCGGGGGAGUGAUAUCGGACUGAACAAACAAAACCAACAUCCCAUGUAAGAACCAAAAACUCAUCUCUCACCUCUCACUCAAAUCCUCUCCUCUCUCUCUCUCUCUCUCUCUCUCUCUCUCUCUCUCUCCUCUUACCAUAUAAAUGUUCCGAGAGAUAUAUAAAUCAUUCGCACCCCGAGCCAUUUGGAACUUUCUUGAAUGAUGAACUCUGUCGUUUGGCAGCAUGUUGUUCCGAGUCC